AGGAAAGCUCUGUCGCAAUAACAGGCUUGAUAACUAGAUAAAUAGGGUCAGGACUUGCAGGUGUAUGGGACACUUUCCAGUUCUCUGAGUGUAACUGCGACUUUCAGAAGACCAUGGCUAACUGCGUGAUAUUGGUGUUGGUGGGUAAGUUAUGCCAGAUUACAGGGCUAACUGCGUGAUAUUGGUGUUGGCGGGUAAGUUAUGCCAGAUUACAGGGCUAACUGCGUGAUAUUGGUGUUGGCGGGUAAGUUAUGCCAGAUUACAGUUGCUAACUAUUUGAUAUUGGUGUUGGUGGGUAAGUUAUGCCAAAUUACAGUUGCUAACUAUUUGAUAUUGGUGUUGGUGGGUAAGUUAUGCCAGAUUACAGUUGCUAACUAUUUCAUAUUGGUGUAAGUUAAGUUAUAUGAGAAGACUAUGGAUAAAUCCAUGAUAUCGGUGUUAGUGGAUCACUUAUGUCCCGAUGCAUGGAUCCAAGCUUCCUUUAAUUUCAUGGACCAUAUGUUCAUGAAGCAGUAUUAUAUAUAUUAUUCAUAUGUCUGCUUUUUUCCAAAUCAAAUAGUCUCCGUAGUGCGUUUAUAUAGUAAAUGAUUUUAUUUUAAUAUUAUUUUUUUUAUAAUGAAAAAUUUGGCUUUGAAAAUAAAAUGUUGCCGUAAUGGCUUUUAUAUACAAAUUUGUCCAUAAUGCCUUUUAAUAUAUUUAUAAACAAUAAUUUAAGUCCAUUCUAUUUUAUUAUGUAACUAUCAAUAAUAUCUGAUCAACAUACUUCAAUGAUAUUUAGUUAACUAAUCGCUUCAUAUUAAAUGUACCCUGUAGCGAGCCUGUACUUUAUUAAGCCAUAAAAGAUUUCUUAGCAAGUUACGUUAUGAGUUUGCCAUAAAACGGCAAUCAUAAAAUCAUUUAUAUUAACUUAGCUUUUGUUCGUGGCUGGCAAACUCUUCGUACGGCUAAUUAAUCCAUGUCCCGUCAACCUAUCGAGGUGAAACUUGGCACAUAGACUCGUUGCCAAUGAAAACACAUUCCGUGAAAUUUUGAGCCCCAACCUCCAAAAAUCAGGUUUUCCUGUUUUUAAAAUGGGAAGAUGAAGGAACUAGGAUGACACAGAUUUCACAAAAUAAUAUUCCCAAUAACUGGGCUCAAUGAGAUUAUUUUUUUAAAAAAAGAAAGAAAGAAAUGCAUUUGGUGCGUAAUAUUUUCUUUCUUUCCUUUUUUUCUAAAAUAUUUAUGGGAAUAAAUCGAAGGAGUAAAAGCGGGUAGCUCAUUAAAAUAUUUAUAUAGUUUCAGGGGCGGGAAAAAAAUGCGAGUUAGUCUUGGAGUGGGGGGGGGGCUAAUUGGGAUUAUUAUUAUUCAGUGCCUUUCUUAUUUUACGGUUUGUUAACCCUAACCCUAGCACUAACCCUAACCCUAGCCCUAACCCUAACCCUAACCCCAACCCCAACCCUAACCCAGUUUGUUUAACUUUACUAGAACUAGUCACUCAAGUUUCCCUGACACUGAAUACAAUUUACGUCAGAGCUACCUUAGAUACAAAGUUGUCUUCUAUCUAGUGCUGCCAAUUAUUAUAAAUUAUAAUAGGGUGAUUGGUGUCUACCAAUGGGUGAUUGGUGAUCACGUUGUUACUAAAAGGAUGAUCAUGGUGUUACUAAAGGAUGAUCAUGGUGUUACUAAAGGGUGAUCAUGGUGUUACAAUAGGGUAAUCAUGGUUUUACUAAAGGGUAAUCAUGGUGUUACUAAAGGGUGAUCAUGAUGUUACAAUAAGGUAAUCAUGAUGUUACUAAAGGUUAAUCAUAGUGUUACUAAAGGGUGAUAUUUGAGUUACUAAAGAAUGAUCAUGGUGUUACUAAAGGAUAAUGAGUUUAAAACAUCACCAUGAGUAUCGAGCUAAUAUUGAGCCGUUAAAGAAGACGAAACAUUUCAUAGAAAAGCAGAAAUCAUGUGAAAUGAACACAUAUUAGUAGAUAUGAACUGAACUUUUUGCCAGAGCUGAUGUUUUUAGUAGAUAUGAACUGAACUUUUUGCCAGAGCUGAUGUUUUUAGUAGAUAUGAACUGAACUUUUUGCCAGAGCUGAUGUUUUUAGUAGAUAUGAACUGAACUUUUUGCCAGAGCUGAUGUUUUUAGUAGAUAUGAACUGAACUUUUUGCCAGAGCUGAUGUUUUUAGUAGAUAUGAACUGAACUUUUUGCCAGAGCUGAUGUUUGCCCUACUCCCCAACCUUACGCCCCCCCCCCCAUACUUCCAGCUUGCUUUGUCUCCAGCUACGCCCAGGUCAACAGCUGUGGUGGUGCCCUAGCAGAAUGCAUAAAUACGUAUGGCGGGUCGAAUACGUAAGUACACUGGACUUGUAUGGUGGAAUCUAAUAUGCAAGUGCACUAGACUUGUAAAGUGGAAUCUAAUAUGCAAGUACAUUAGACUUGUAUGGUGGGGUCUAAUAUGAAAGUGCAUUAAACUUGUCUGGUGGGGUUUAAUGAUGUAAGUGAAUUAGACUAGUGUGGUUGGGUGAAAUAUGUAGGUGUGAGUGCAAAAGGCCUGUAUGGUGGGGCCAAAUAUGAAAGUGUACUAAUCUUGUAUGUGGGGCAAAAUAUGUAAAAGUACUAGAAUUGUAUGGUUGAGUCAAAUAUGUAAGUGUACUAGACUUGUAUGAUGGGGUCAAAUAUGUAAGUGUACUAGACUUUAUGGUCGGGUCAAUUAUGUAAGUGUACUAGACUUUAUGGUGGGGCCAAAUAUGUAAAUGUACUAGAAUUGUAUGGUGGAGUCAAAUAUGUAAGUGUACCAUACUUGUAUGAUGGGGUAAAAUAUGUAAGUGUACUAGACUUUAUGGUGGGGUCAAAUAUGUAAGUGUUCUAGACUUGUAUGGUGGGGCCAAAUAUGUAAGUGUACUAGAAUUGUAUGGUGGAGUCAAAUAUGUAAGUGUAUUAGACUUAUUAGCGUGUCUAAUAUGUUAUUUUACUAGACUUGUAUGGUGGGUUCCAGUCUUAUAUUUUAUUGUACUAAACUUGUAUGGGGUUCAUGCACGGAGUAAAAAGCCUUUGAUCAAUUCGAAUGGAAGAAUGUGGUGGAGCAGACAAGGGCUCUACAUGGGGUGUAGCGCCACUGAUGAUGAUGACUAUACUUAGCGGGUCUAAUGCUUAAGUGCAUUAGACUUGUAUGUUGGGGUCAAAUAUGUAAGUGUACUAGACUUGUAUGGUGGGGGUUAAUUUGUGAGUGUACAACACUUGUAUCGUGCGGUCAAAUAUGUGAGUAUCUUAGACUUUAUGGGGGUCAGAUAUGUAGGUGUACUAGAAAUGUAUGGUGGGGUAAUGUAUGUGAGUGUAAGUGAUCUAGACCUGCAUUGUUGGGUCUAAUAUGUAAGUUAACUAGACUUGUAUGGUGGGUUGAAAUAUGUAAGUUUACUAGAAUUGUAUGAUGGGGUCAAAUAUCUAAGUGUACUAUAUUUGUAUGGUGGAUUCAAAUAUGUAAGUGUACUAGACUUGAAUGGUGGGUUCAAAUAUGUAAGCUUACUAUGCAUGUAUCGUGGGGUCAAAUAAGUAAUUGUACAAGACUAGUAAGGUGGGGUCACAUAUAACAGUGUACUAGACAUGUAUGGGAUCAGAUAUGAAAGUGUACUAGAAAUGUAUCAUAGGGUAAAAUAUGUAACUGCAAGUGCUCUAGACCUAUAUGGUGGGGUCUAAAAUGUAAAUGCACUAGACUUGUAUUUUUGGGUCUAAUAUGUAAGGGUCUAAAAUGUAAAUGCACUAGAUUUGUAUUUUUGGGUCUAAUAUGUAAGUGAACUAGACUUGUAUGGUGGGUUUAAAAAUGUAGGUGUACUAGACUUAUAUGGUGGGGUCAAGUAGAGAACAGUAAGCUAACUGAUGUGCUUGUGCUGGACUUUUCAAAAGCUUUUGACAUCGUCAGCCAUAACUUUUUAUUACACAAACUGCAGAGAUAUGGGAUUCAAGGCACUACCAAAACAUGGAUCUCUAGCUUCCUCAGCGACCAAUGCCAGGCAGUAGUGGUAGAUGGCAAAACCUUCUCCUUUGUCGGAAUCAAGUCAGGGGUUCCCCAGUGACAGUUUGGAGGCCCUUGUUUGUUCCUAUCAUAUAUCAAUGAUCUGCCCGAGAAGCUGACCUCUCAAGCAAGACUGUUCGCAGACGACACGGCGGUAUAUAGAACAAUCGUCAACAGUUCUGACCAGAGCCAACUCCAACAAGACCUCAAUCGGUUAGCUGAGUGGGAGAUGAGCUGGGACAUGGAAUUUCAUCCCCUCAAGUGCCAGACCCUGUCAGUCUCCAGAAGCAGAUCCCCUCAAAACCACUCUUACCAAUUGCAUGGCCAUAUUCUUGAGCCAGUUUCCUCAGUUAAGUACCUAGGUGUUACCUUUCAAAGAGAGGUCCGCUGGGACGAGUACAUUAACAGUGUGUGCAACCGGGCAAACAAGCCCCUGGGGUUCCUAAGGCGCAAUCUAAAGAUCGGCAACUCAAGCGUGAAAGAAAAAACCUAUAAAGCCUUUCUCCGGCCUCUUUUAGAGUACGCUUCUACAGUCUGGGAGCUAUUUACCCAGAAAAGCAUCGCCAGGUUGGAGGCGGUCAAGCGACGGGCAGCACGCUUUACCCAAACCGCUACAGAAACACCUCAAGUGUUGGCAGCAUGCUAGAAACACUGGGCUGGCCAACAUUGGAAGAACGACGGCGACUAUCCAGGCUCACCAUGUUGUACAAGAUCAAAAAUGGGCUGGUCCACUGCUCCGGCAUCAAACAGAAACUCGUUCAUCUUCCCCCUAGACAGCGACGAGGCCACGACAGACAGUUCCGGCUGGUAAAAACAAGAACAAAGUACAGGAGCUCCUCAUUCCUGCCGAAGACAAUCAGGGACUGGAACAAGCUUUCAAAAGGAACAGUUGAGGCGACAACACUCGACACAUUUGUGUCUAUUCCUGUAUUCCAACCCCCAGUUCUUGACAUCACUUCUGAGUAGCCCUUGCAACCAGUGAAGUAUCCCUUUGAAACACAUGCACAGUAAUAUCGCGAACCCCUCUGAAACACAGGAGCCAGAAUGAUCUAUUCACUGAUCGUGGACCCUCAAGAUAAAGAAGAAGAAGAAUUUUAAUAUACCUUUAUGGUGUUGUCAAAUAUGAAAGUGUAUUUGACUUGUAUGAGGUUCAAAUAUGUAGUGUACUAGACUUGUAUGUGGGGUCAAAUAGGUAAGUCUAUUAUACUUGUAUGGUAGGGUCAAAUAUGUAAGUGUAGUUGACUUGUAGGAGGUCAAAUAUGUAGGUGUACUACACUUUAUAGGGGUCAAAUUAGUGUAUUAGACUUGCAUGGUGGGGUCAAAUUUUUAAUUGUAUUAGAAAUGUAUUGGGGUCAAAUAUGUAUGUGUACUAGACUUGUAUCAGACUUUUAUUGCGGAGACCAAUACACAUGUAAAUGGCAUCGUAAGCAGUGAUGUAUCUAGGGUUAGUGUCACCUAGCAGUGGCGCACCUAAGUUUAAUAUCUCCUGCAAGUGGUGCAUCUAGGGUUAGUGUCACCUGGCAGUGGUGCACCUGAGGUUAGUAUCGCCCAGCAGUAGCGCACCUAGGGUUAGUGUCGCCUUGCUGUUGUGCACUUAGGGUAAGUUUCUUAUGGCAGUGGUGCACAAAGGGUUAGUGUCACCUGGCAGUGGUGCACCUAGGGUUAGUAUCGCCUGGCAGUGGUGCACCUAGGGUUAGUGUCGCCUAGCUGUUGUGCACUUAGGGUAAGUUUCUUAUGGCAGAGGUGCACCUAAGGUUAGUGUCGCCUGGGAGUAGUCCACCUAAGGUUAGAGUCACCUGGCAGUGGUGCAUCUAGGGUUAGUGUCACCUGGCAGUGGUGCAUCUAGGGUUAGUGUCGCCUGGCAGUGGUGCACCUAGGGUUUGUAUUGCCUGGCAGUGGUGCACCUAGGGUUUGUGUCGCCUUGCAGUGGCGCACCUAGGGUAAGUGCCACCUUGGUCGGGCUAAAAAUAAUUCCACCCUUUCUUCUUCUUAAGGAGAACGAGGCAUCUUAUACUUACACUCAAGUGAGAUUUCAUUUCAUAUGACGCCAUUAACCCGUUUACUUACAGUAAAGUUGGCACAUUUGUAGCAUCACGUUGGAUUAAACUGUUUAUUUUUUGUGUAAUUGAAUAUUUAUUGAUCAAAUCUUUUACAGGAGCUACUACUCUUACGAGUCAUGUGUAUCAAGAAGUUACUGCCCUUAUUACAUUGAUCCAAAUUUCGAUGCCAAAAGGCAACAUGUUUUGAACUACAUCUCAGCACUGAGGAGCGAAAGUAAGAUAUAAUUUUUUAUUGUGAAAUAACUCAUAAAUCUAGUUCAAUCAUGUUAUAGGUGUAAUUUACGUUUUUAGUGCUGUAAUUUACACUUUUAUGGAUGUAAUUUACGUUUUUAUAAAUGUAAUUUACAUUUUUAUGGAUGUAAUUUACGUUUUUAUGGAGUAAUUUAAGUUUUUAUGGCUGUAAUUUACAUUUUUUUAAUGUAAUUUACGUUUUUAUGGCUGUAAUUAGCGUUGUUAUUGAUGUCAUUUAAUUUAAUGGGGCUGCGAUAUUUCUUUUUUUAGUUUUGGCAGCAAUGUCUUAUCAAUGUCUUGUCAAUGUCUUAUCAAUGUCUUAUCAAUGUCUUAUCAAUGUCUUAUCAAUGUCUUACAAAUGUCUUAUAAAUGUCUCAUAAAUGUUUACGUUUGUAUUCCAGGUGCAUCAUACAAUUCAACGUUUGACUGCCUACGUGGUUUGGACAACUGCAGACGAGCUUAUAGCCGUAACAUACAAGACUUGUGAGUCUCUGUUAUAGACAUGUAUACUAUUAGGACAUCAAAGACUUGAAAGUCCCUGUUAUAGACAUACUUACUGUUAAUGUUCAUAUGUUCAUCUUAGGUUUGCACUAACUACAACAUCAACCAUUCUGACUUGAGCAGCCUAUAGUUAAUGUAGUUAGCCUCUCUCCCGGGGGAGGGUUGUAUGAUGGACAGCUCGUUCAAAAGGUUUCAUCUCCCUUAUUGUAUUCUCAUUGUAAUUGUUAGUUCGAUUGGUAUUCUGUGUUGUCAUCAAACUCAAUGAGAUUUAACUCCUCAAUCAUGGCAUCAAACUCAAUGAGAUUUAACUCCUCAAUCAUGGCAUCAAACUCAAUGAGAUUUAACUCCUCAUUCAUGGCAUCAAGCUCAAUGAAAUUUAACUCUUCAUUCAUGGCAUCUAACUCAAUGAGAUUUAACUCCUCAUUCAUGGUACCAAACGCAAUGAGAUUUAACUCCAAAUUCAUGGCAUCAAACUCAAUGAGAUUUAACUCCUCAUUCAUGGCAUCAAACUCAAUGAGAUUUAACUCCUCAUUCAUGGCAUCAAACUCAAUGAGUUUUAACUCCUCAUUCAUGGAAUCAAACUCAAUGAAAUUUAACUCCUCAUUCAUGGCAUCAAACUCAAUGAGAUUUAACUCCUCAUUCAUGGUACCAAACGCAAUGAGAUUUAACUCCUCAUUCAUGGCAUCAAACUCAAUGAGUUUUAACUCCUCAUUCAUGGAAUCAAAGUCAAUGAAAUUAAAAUUUAACUCCUCAUUCAUGGCAUCAAACUCAAUGAGAUUUAACUCCUCAUUCAUGGUACCAAACGCAAUGAGAUUUAACUCCUCAUUCAUGGUACCAAACGCAAUGAGAUUUAACUCCUCAAUCAUGGCAUCAAACUCAAUGAGAUUUAACUCCUCAUUCAUGGCACCAAACUCAAUGAGAUUUAACUCUUCAUUCAUGGCAUCAAACUCAAUGAGAUUUAACUGCUCAUUCAUGGCAUCUUAUUGGGUUUCUUUAGUUUUUAAACAUUUACACUAUUUUUGGACACUCAUUGUCAGUGACGUAGCUAGGGUUCGUGUCACCCGGUGCGGUAAAUUCAUGGUGUCACCCGCCCCCUUGACUUCCACGAUGGAUUUCUUCUUGUUAAAAUAGGUGACAAGAAGAAAAACAAUGCAGUUGAAGGUCAGAAGGUCAAUGUUUUUAAGAACUGUAACAAUGUUAAUUUCUAGUUAUUUUUACAUUAAAUUUACUUUAAUAAAACUUUCCUUUCGCCGUAUCACUUUCAAUUGAUAGCAGGGCCAGAUCAGAAGGCUUAACUGUCCCAUGGUGACAUUGAUAGUAGGGCCAGAUCAGAAGGCUUGAAUGUCCCAUGGUGACAUUGAUAGCAGUGCCAGAUCAGAAGGCUUGACUGUCCCAUGGUGACAUUGAUAGUAGGGCCAGAUCAGAAGGCUUGACUGUCCCAUGGUGACAUUGAUAGUAGGGCCAGAUCAGAAGGCUUGACUGUCCCAUGGUGACAUUGAUAGUAGGGCCAGAUCAGAAGGCUUGACUGUCCCGUGGUGACUAUUUGACUAUCAUAAAUAGGUGUUGAUUAGCAUUAGUUUUGGAUAUCUCAGCUCAAAUUAAGCCACAGACACACAGAUCGUAAAAAACUAUUGAAAUCUUAGAGAGAGUAUGCGAUGUCCCAUUCAGCUAUCAAUUUAAAAAAAUCGAAUAUUGAACAGUCCAGGACUUUUUAAAAUUCAAUAUCAGAUACAUUUAGGUGUCUUCUAAGCAUUUGUGUAUUUCUUUUAAAAGUUAUUUGUCAGAUAACUCAUUAUAGAAAGAAGUUAAUUUUGGAACAGACACCAAUAACUCUUCUUCACUUACUGAAAGUUGGGUUGAACACCGCCAAGCAUUUACUUUUUCGCUGAUGAUCUGAUCGGGGGCUCAGAAUGAAAGCGCUCAAUACAUUCCAGCAUCUCCCUACUGUUUUCUUCUCACAAAGAGAGUCCAGCAUCUAUUAAUUUUUAUCCUACUAUUCUCUUCGUAGCCCCGAAUCUUUCUACAAAUAAAUAUUCCUCAUUAUUAAGACUUAAAAAGUGCCUUUUCAAUAACAUGCUCCACCAAGUGACAGCGCUUUUAGGGCAGAAACAAUCUUAAGGCCUCUAUUUUUGUCACCAUUUUGUCAAGUGUAAAUCCUUUAGUCUGCAGAGACUGAUAUGUAAGUUUAACUUCCUCAAGUAGAUGAGCCCAAAGGUAAAAGUAGCAGAUAAACAUGAAAUCACAGACAGCAUGUAAACACCCUGUGUUACAUGAAAAUAGUGCUCAAAUGUUAAGGGGCGGUGCUAGUGACGAAUCGGCGACAUAUUAAUUUUUGAGUAUUUCUGUGUUUCUAGAUAUUUCAAAUUUAGUUUCAAAAACAUUUUACAAAAUUUAAAAAACUUAAGUUAAUUACUAAAAGAUAUUAUAGAAUUUUGUAAAAUAUAAUUUUGUUAACCUUAUAAAUGGGCAAAAAGUCGUUUUUUUAUUAUUUCUUUUUUCAAUUUACCAAUUCAAUUCAUGUCCUUAGAAUCGCCCGACCACAUUGUAAUUGGUAUCAAUGGAAAGCUUUAUUUCUUAGAACUUAAAUGACUAUAGCUUCCAUUCACUCUUGAAAGUUACCAACCACUUCAAUAGGCGUUGAAUCAUGGUCAAAACGAUGUAUUUCUAACCUCUUUGUAGUUUCACCUCAUUUCUUACGCAUCAAACUUGAACUUUUAAUAAAGCAUGCAUUUGGAUUGGUUACAUAUGUGGAAAAUUAUCGUGUGAUCGGUUAUCCUUUUAUGAAAUUCGGCUAGAACCAGCCGUGUGUGCUCUGUAAAUAUACAAUUUUUCAAUUUGGUUUCACCCUCUAGGAUCGUGACGCACCCACACACACCCUAGCUACGCCACUGCUCAUUGCGCCAUCAUUGUCAUGGAAACAGACGUGGUAUCAGUGCGCCAUUUUAUUUAAUAAUAAUAAUAAUAAAUUUUAUUUCAUAAACAUGCUUCAUCCCCAAAGCCUCGAAGCGCGGUACAAAGUCAAACAAAAAAUAAUAAUUUACCACACUUAAAACAAACGCAACACUACACAAACUAAUUACAAGCAUACAAUGUCAAAGUCUUUCUAGCCAUUUCAACCCAAAGCAACACAGCCAAUAUGCAUUAACUGGAAAAUAUGGUAGACAAUCAUGCCAGAAGGUAUUUGCGAAAUAGAUGUGUCUUUAAAUCAGUUUUAAAGGACUCCAGUGUCUGGUUGUUUCUGAGAGCGACAGGAAGGGCGUUCCAAAUUGUUGGACCAGCAAAUGCGAAAGUGCGCUUUCCGUAAGUCUCAAGACGAACACGUGGUGUCGAGAGUUUGCCACUAUCGGAUGAGCGGAGUUGUCUAGUGGGUACAUAAGGCGUCAGCAGCUCUUUCAGAUAGGACGGCGCAAGGUCAUGUAAACAGCUGUAUCACAAAGUUGCGAUUUUGUACUCUAUGCGACCACGGACCGGCAGCCAAUGCAACUCUCUCAGAGGUGUUUUUGCAUGGUCGAACUUGCGUUUGCGGAGAACUAUGCGAGCCGCAUUAUUCUGUGCUAUUUGAAUUUUAUCCAGGAGCGUAGUUGGAAGACCCACCAUGGGAGCAUUGUAAUAGUCCAUGCGUGAUAGCACAAUAGCAGACAUCAACCUCUUUGUUGCAUCCAUUAUUAGGAAGGGCCUGAUGUGACUAAUCCUGCGCAGCUCUAGAAAAAUCGCCUUGCAUAGCAUGUUAAUGUGACUUUCCAAAGUUAGUAUUCUACACGUUUGAGCUAACUCAAUACGCACACCUGAGAGAGUAAUUGAUGUCGUGUUAUUUGCAGAGUUUUGCUUCUGAGCGGUCGCGAUGGGGAUCAGCUCAGUCUUAUCAUCAUUUAAUUUGAGCUUGUUUAUGGUCAUCCAGAGCUUAACUGAUUCCACUGUCUUCUGUGUCAUACUGAGCAGCUGAGGCAACUGAGAGGGGAUCACGGAUUGAUGAAGUUGGGUGUCGUCCGCGAACAUGUGGUAUUGCAUAUAAUCAGCUUACAAACAUGGGUGACACGCUAACCAAUGUUGUUGUCUUUCUAUCUUCCCAUCAGCUACGGUGCUCAAACCUACAUGAGUUGUGUCUAUGGAGCCGACUGCUCCCGUGAACAUUAUACAAUCAAGGCGGACUUGGUUGAUUUCAUCAGGACCAAAUAUAGUAGGACUUAUUUUAAAUAUCUGGGACUUGUUGGAAAGAUUUUAACUAUCGGGGACUAUUGGGAAAGAAUAUUUUAACUAUCAGGAUGUAUUGGGAAAUAUUUUAACUAUUAGAGACUGUUGGGAAAUAAGAUUUUAACUAUCAGGGAUUAUUGGGAAAUAUUUUAAGUAUCAGGGACUAAUGAAGAAGAUUGUAACGAUCACGGAUGUAAUCACCAAAAUGCAUUUAGUAAUAAUUAAAAAGUACUGUCUUCUAGCAUAAUGAGAUUUUUUAAGCGAGUGAAAGAACAACGUUGUUGAUAAGUCAGGGACACAGGAACUAUCCCAGUCAAGAUUCGGUCCAACACAACAAUAAAACAAUGUGUUUGAUGUAUUCCAGUUGACAGAGAGCAAACCUAUUCCAUGGGUGGAGCUGCAACAGCCGGCCUGUCCCUAGUGGCCGUCACCAUGGUAACACUAUUAACAUUGGUUUAGACGAGGACACAUGCUGAUGCUAUCGAAACAAACACAAAGAUUUAUAACAUUUGUUUUCCUCUCUAACCUUUAUAAAUACUGAAUAAACGUGCAUUUUAUAUUAAAGACAAUGAUAAGUCUCAUGUUUUUUGGUCAAUUUUCCCUCCUUUCGUCGACCCGGAAGUUAUAAUACUGAGCCAUGGGCACCCGCAGGUAGGGGCAAGGUGGGGCACUU